GCGUGUGUUUGGUCGUGUUAUAGAUAGGGAAACGACUCUUUAAAUGCGUGUGUUCAGCUGAUUCUUCGACGUCGUUUAUCGUCAUUGGAAUUAAACAAUUUAUUUAGAAAUGGACUACUCUAAGUUAAAGGUUUCAGAAUUGAGGCAGAGAUUACGUGAUCGAGGACUUACAACGAAAGGAAUAAAAUCUGAAUUAGUUUCCAAGCUUGUUAAAGCAGAUAAAAUGUAUCAGCAAACAAAUACAAAAGUAAGUCUCAAGCAGUUAAUCACAGCUAAUGGAUCAACUCGUCCAGAACACAAGCAUCUACUAUCCGACAGAAGAGAGAGGGAGCUUCAACGGCAGGAGCGGGCAUCUUUAACAUUAUGGAGGAAACCCCUUCUAACAACAUACUAUUUCUGGUUAGAGAUCUGUGUCAUUAUUGUUGGAUGGGGUCAUAGGUUGUGGUUAAACAAGAAGAAAGUUUCAUUUGGGUUGAGUGUGUUUCUUUUACUGUCCAUCAUUUGCGUCCUUGAUGGGCCCCAUCAAGAGUAUUUAAACUCCACAUGGGCCAAGUUAUCAUGGUGUGUGUACUGGAUUGGCCUUGGAAUUCUCUCAUCAGUUGGCCUGGGUACAGGCUUACAUACAUUCCUUUUGUAUUUGGGACCUCACAUAGCAGCAGUAACUUUGGCCUCCUUUGAGUGUCAAUCGGUCGACUUUCCACAACCACCUUACCCAGAUGAAAUUAUUUGCCCUAAGGAAGUACCAGAAGGAGCAGUAAUUACAAUCUGGAAUGUAAUUAGUAAAGUUAGAUUGGAGGCAUUUAUGUGGGGGGCAGGCACAGCUUUGGGUGAACUUCCACCUUAUUUUAUGGCUAAAGCAGCACGGCUUACUGGUGAAGAUCCUGACAAUGAAGAUUACGCAGAAUUUGAAUCAUUCAUGGAAAAUUCUGGUGAAAAACAAAAGGAUUUUGUAACACGAUUAAAGUUUGCUGUCCAGAAUUUGGUCCAGAGAGUUGGUUUUAUUGGAAUCCUUGCUUGUGCAUCAAUUCCAAAUCCUUUGUUUGAUUUAGCUGGAAUAACAUGUGGUCAUUUCCUUGUGCCAUUCUGGACAUUUUUUGGAGCAACUAUCAUAGGAAAAGCAGUGAUUAAAAUGCAUAUCCAGAAAUUCUUUGUGGUACUAGUAUUUAGUGAACAUCAUGUCGAGACACUAGUAAACAUUGUUGGAACCAUUCCAAAGGUUGGUGCAAUGGUACAACUUCCAUUUAAAGAAUACCUUGAGGGUCAAAAAGCCAAACUUCACCACAAACCUGGAACGUAUAGCAAGCAGGGUACAAAUUGGCUGUCCUGGAUAUUUGAAAAAGUAAUAAUAGUAAUGGUCAUGUACUUUGUAAUCUCUAUUAUCAACUCAAUGGCGCAAUCAUAUGCAAAACGGCUACAAGGAGAGCAAUCAAAAAAAUACAGAGAUAAAUAAAUUAUUGCAAUAAUAAUAACUAUAGUACAUUAAUGUACUAUAGUUAUUAUUGCAAUAAGAUAAAUAAAUUAUUGCAAUAAUAAUAACUAUAGUACAUUAAUGUACUAUAGUUAUUAUUAUUGCAAUAAGAUAAAUAAAUUAUUGCAAUAAUAAUAACUAUAGUACAUUAUUGUACUAUAGUUAUUAUUAUUGCAAUAAUAACAACUAUAGUACAUUAAUGUUAAAUUAUAAUCUUGCAUCUGAUUAUUAUUCAGAAUUGGUUUUAUUAAUACAAAUCUCUAAUGAUAUUCUGUUGUACAAGUGAUAAUAAAUAAUAAUGAAGUUGUUAGAGAUUUUGAAAUCACAAGUUGUCAUUCACUACAAUAUUGUAGUUGUUGUUUCUAGGUUGUUGUAAUUAUUUAAAUAAAUAACAAUUCCACUUUUACCGAAAGCAUUCUGCUUCAUAACAAAACAUUUCACUUUUUAUAUAUACUAUUAAGUCUGUUUACUUGAUUAAUAAUUUUGAAGAACUUUUUCAUCAAUAUGCUUAAAUCCCCAGGCCCUACAUGUUAUUUUCUCUAUAAAAAAAUAUAUGCAUGUAUUAAUCUAAAUAUGAAAAAUUGAAUCAGUCAACUAGACUUAAGAUUAUCAAGAUUUAAGUCAAAAUCAGUUUUAAUAAGUUUUAAAUAAUUCAAGGAAAUGGUUGUAUUCAAUAUAUCUUGUUGGUUGUUUUUAUAUGUAACAUUCUGAAAUCAAGUACACCUAGGCCUUGCAGUUGCUAAAUUUUGGUGACGGAUGGUCUAUGACUACGGUAGUGGAUGAACUUUUGAGGGUCGCCAGGUGGAAUCUGUGGUCUAAAAAAUUAUAGAAAGUGCUGCAAUUAACAGUAAAAAAAAUAAGAUUCCUAUGGAUACAUGGAAGAAAAACUUGUUAUAAGAUGAUUUAAUAAAACGUUGGUUAUUCUCUUCAAAAAUUUAUGUUAAGUAUCCCGUUGAUGUCACCUUAUUGAUGAGUUGACAUUGUGCCACAGUGGUGUAACAUGAGUUUGUGGAUCCUGGGGUGGCAAAAUUACUACACAGUAUUUCGAUUAGGAUAUUUGCAAUAUAUUCUGGUUUUUGUGACAACACUUCUAAGGGGUUUGUAACUAGAGACAUUGGGUGGUGAGAGGAUAUGGUAAUUUGUUUUGGGUCCCAGGGGGGUCAAGGUUGUCAACUGUAGGGCUAUGGCACUUUUUAUAUUUUUUCACUGAUUGAUCUAUUGUAAAAUUUAAUACAUUAAUAUUUUUUGCCAUCAACCAUUUGCCACACAGACACCCACACACACCCACCCACACACACACACACACACACACAAUAUGAAAUGUUGGGUCUUAUUUUGUCUUUUUCUCAUGUUGAGGUUAUAACUAAUUUCAGUUGAAAUAGUUAUUUCAUAUUUACAAAUCUUUCUAAUAUAAAAUAACAAAAUCAAUGAAGGUUUGUUUUUUGAAAAAUAUGAAGGGACUGGGCAUUAAUUUAUAUCUAUACUACCUGUGCAGAAAUCUGUAAGAAAUCAAUAAAAUGAAAAUUAAUCAAAUGUUCUAAUUACUCAUUGCAAUCAAUGUAUGUUUGUGUUUUUAGCAAAUAUGAAGGGACUAGGUACUAGGUAUAUUAUUUGUGCUGAAAUCUGUAAAAAAAAUUGAAUAAAGUGAAAAUAAGAUGUUUGAAUUACUAA